AUGGCUACUUCAGAUGGCAUCGUCUUCUCCCAGGGCACUGGAUACGGCUACGUCCUCGGCAUCGGCUUUUUCUUCGCUUUCGUCAUGAUGGGCAUCUCCGCCCUGCAAAACCGCUACACAACCUACAAAACGUCCAACGCGGAAGAGUAUAACACCGCGUCGCGCUCCGUCAAGCCGGGUCUGAUCGCCUCGGGCAUCGUCUCCGCGUGGACGUGGGCCGCGACGCUCCUGCAGAGUUGCACGAUCACAUACGAGUACGGGAUCUGCGGCGGGUACUAUUACGCGGCGGGCGCGACGCUGGAGGUGUUCCUCAUGUCUAUCCUUGCGGUCCGGGUCAAGAUGAUCGCGCCGUAUUGCCACACCUAUCUGGAGGUCAUCCAUGCGCGCUAUGGAAGCACUGCGCACUUUGUAUUCGCCACCUUCGCCACGGUACAGAUUCUGAUCGCGUCGAGUAUGCUGCUUCUCGGCGGGAGCGCCGUUGUGAAUGCAUUGACUGGAAUGAACAUCUAUGCUGCAAACUUCCUGAUCCCUGUCGGUGUCAUGAUCUAUGUUAUCCUUGGCGGUCUUCGUGCAACAUUCCUGUGCGACUAUACCCAUACGUCGAUUCUGAUGAUCGUAUUGCUAUACUUCUUCUUUUACACGUAUACGCGGAGCGAUCUAAUUGGAGGGCUGGACGGGAUGUACCGCCUGCUACAAAAAGCUGGUGAAGAGCGUCCGGCCGCCGGGAACGAAGGCGGCUCGUAUUUGACGAUGAAAUCAAAUUAUGGCCUCUGCUUCAUGAUCAUUCAACUAUCUGGUGCGUUCGGUGUCGUGACACUCGACCAAGGAUACUGGCAACGCGCUAUCGCAUCGCAAGCAAAGACGACUGUCUACGCUUACCUGAUGGGUGGCAUCUCGUGGUUCGCCGUCCCGUUGACCAUGUCGAUGGUAAUGGGCCUCACUGCCGUUGCGCUAGCUGACAGCCCAUAUUUCCCGUACCUUGGCGGCUUGACGGCCACAGAGGUCGGCGACGGGCUGGCAGCACCAGCUGCCGUCAUUGCCGUCCUGGGGAGAAGCGGAGCGGCUGCACUGCUACUCAUACUGUUCAUGGCGGUGACGUCUGCCGCGUCCUCAGAGAUGAUCGGCAUGUCGUCCAUCCUCACCUACGACAUCUAUCAGAUCCACAUCAAUCCCCACGCAUCCCCGGCGCGCCUCAUUCGCGUGUCGCACUUCAUGGUCGGCGCGUGGGCGAUCCUGAUGUCGUGCAUAUCGAGCCUGUGGAUCGGCAUCGGCGUGUCGCUCAACUGGCUCUACCUCUUCGCAGGCAUCCUCUACACGCCUGCAGCAGGCCCGAUCAUCAUGACGAUGCUCUGGCGGAAGCAUACGGGCGCCGCAGCGGUCGGCGGCGCGCUUGGAGGACUGUGCAUGGGCAUCAUGACGUGGUUGCUCGUGGCGAGGUUCCACUAUGGCGAGCUGACGAUCACGAGUACGGGAAACACGUACUCCACGAUGGCGGGAAACCUUGCGUCCUUGUGCUGCGGCGCUAUCUUCUCUGCGCUUAUCACUUUGGUUAAGCCCGACAACGAGUUUGAUUGGUCGCAGACCAAAAACAUCAACCCGCAUGGUCGUGCGCUCGAUCGUGAACGAGCGAGGAUGACGGAGGAGUUCGCAGAGAAAGCACAGGAAUCUCCGCUUGAGAAGACGGCUUCAGCCGAAAGUGACGAGCAGCCAGAGUACUACGAGACACUCGGCAAGUCGUUGACAUCCGCAGCAUGGGUGUCUGUCAUCCUGAGCUUCAUCAUUGUCUUCCUGAUCCCGAUCCCGCUCUUCCUCUCGCACUACAUCUUCUCGCUGCGCUUCUUCAAGGCAUGGAUCAUCAUCAGCAUCAUCUGGCUCAUUGUUGCAGCAGUCAUCACGAUCAUCUUGCCUGUAUGGGAGAGUCGGGAGGCCAUGUUGGAUAUCGGGCGGGGGUUGUGCAGGGAUCUGUUCCGGAAUAGGCGGAGAGCAGGAUCGAGAACUCAAGCAUAA